UGACCUGAUUGGUAUUUUUCAAUAUUAAACAAUUAAUAGUAGCUGCUGUUGAUCCCAGGGGAUCAUGGGUAUGCGCCUCUGGUGGACUGUGUCCUCUUCAGGACGCGAGCCUGGGUGGGAAGAUUAGAAGAACCGGCUGUUGCCCAUGCAGCAGACUCCCCCUCUCCACGUCACUGAUGUUGUCCAAGGGAAAGGCAAGUGCUGAUACAGCUUGGCACCAGUGUUACCGCAGAGGUUGCUAGAGUGAAGUUGUAAACAUCAAACGCCUUAGGGAUCCCGGCUCUGGAUUUCUUCCCGGGGUUUACUCCCGAAGCCUUUCCCACAAGAUCUGUUGAGUUGGUGUUGGUCACAGCGCUUCCUAAGUAUGUGAAGGAGUCAGAACAUUUCACCGAUAUGACUGGUGGCUGGGUCUCACUGGGACUACACAGAGGAGGAGGCUGGGAAUCCAGGAAUUGUAUGCUACUAUAAACACUUCAUGCAAAUUUUGCACAAGAUCCUGAUGCAGAAGUAUCCCGUCUGGGCGAUAAGCCACGCGGGCCAUUGCAUUCCUCCAGAAGGCAUGGGGAUGAUGGAAGAUGUUGAGCUGGAGGAUGUCUUUGGACUGAAUGGACAAAUAGCACAUAAAUUAGCUUUUCUCCGGAAGAAUGUGCCAAAAGGUACCAAGCUUGUGCUGAUUGGCCAUUCUAUUGGCUGCUAUAUGAUACUUGAAAUGAUGAAACAAGAACCAGAAUUACAGGUUCUGAAAGCGAUAUUACUUUUUCCAACAAUCGAACGCAUGGCUGAGUCACCACAAGGCAAGCUUAUGACGCCAGUGCUUCGCAAUCUUCGCUUCCUGAUAUAUGUUCCAAUCUACUUCCUUUCAUUCCUGCCGGAAAGUAUCAAGGCCUCAUUGGUGAGGUGGGCACUGCAUGGUCUGCAGCCACUGGAUGAAGCUACUGUCUCUGCUUCUCUUAAUCUCUUCAGUGUCAACUGUGCAGCUAAUGCCAUGUAUAUGGGAAGCCAGGAGAUGAUGCAAGUUGUGCAAAGGGACAAUUCCACUAUCAAACACUUUUUGAAUAAGCUUAUCUUUUACUAUGGAUCAAACGAUCACUGGUGCCCUGUAACAUAUUAUGAAGAUAUGAAGAGGUGCUUUCCUGAAGGAACCAUUCUUCUUUGCCAAAAAGGAAUUCGUCAUGCCUUUGUUUUAGAUGCCAAUGUAGAAGUAGCUCAUAUGGUUACAGAGUGGUUAAAAGCAGAUCUUGCAAACUUGUAAUAGGAACAUAGAAUGUGUGUGAUGUACAAAAUAAGUUAUUUUAUUUACAUUAAAUACUCUUAGGAUUCCAAUAUGUUCUAGAAAAGAACUAUGCCUAGAUUAUUUAAACAAAAAUAUAUUAACUUUUAGACAUGUCUCCCAGGCAGACUUGGAAAGUUAUUUGCUUGAAUGAACAAUUGGUUGCUAAAGCUUUCAAAAUAUUAAUGAUUGCAGUGUAAUUUUUGUAUCUAUGCGUAAUCUCUGAAUAAGUAAACCUGUUUUAUAUCAGGGUCAUUUUACAGUUAAUGAUUGUUGACAUUUACUAUCAAUUUGUAGUUCAUUAGUUUAAUUUUAGUUUUCAUUCAAAGAGAUACUUUAGUUUUGUUGAAAAGCAUUGAUGCAACUUUUCCAAGCUCUGCCAAACUCUGGCAAGGAAAACUAUUACAAUAUGUGUUAAGAUCAUUAUUCUGUAUUUGUUAAACUAUCGUCCAUCAAAUCUCAUCUAACUAGAAGUCUGUCAAGGCCAAAUUAGUAAUUAAGAUAUUUCUAUUAUGGGAAGCCCUGUGUAUUUGUAUCUGGAAUUUGUUCCAGGAACAAACAUUUGUCUCAAAUACAAUACUCCAUUGACCUUGUAAAGAUUCCAUUAUCAGCUUUCCAAACCCCACCCCAUCACCACUGUCUGAACUUCAAUAAAUUGCCCCUUUCACAACCCUACAAAAAAAACCUGAUUUCUUUCAUUUGGAGAACCUUUAUUAACAACACUGCCAUAAUGACAUCACAAAAGUGAAUGGAAACUCACUUGAUUUGAACUUGUCCCUUCACCAUGGGAGCAGUGCAGAUGUAAAUUUACUUUUUUAAUAAAAUUUGUAGCCUUCCUGUCACUUCCCACAUUCAUUUGCUACACUUCUCUUUAUUGGUGGAAUAUAAGUUGCAUACACCCAGAAUCGUGUACACUUUAAAUUAGAAAGAGGGAAGUAUAUUUUUAAGUAUUUCUAUCGGUACUUCAGUUUUACACUGAGGAAACCUGUAAAACCUCAGUGACCAUGUUAAAGUAGCUGAGAUGUAUGUCUGUAGUUCCGAUGAUGAAAGCCCUAGAAAGAUAACCACAGCAUAACUAUGAAUAUAUUUAUCAUUAGUCAAAACUUUACAGCAAGUUGUUAGUAAGCAGCGUCUAUCCUUUACAGAAGCAGUCCCCCAAGAUACUCUCAAAUGAUUUUCUAACCAAAACUCAAUCUUGCACAAUCCUCCAAGCAAACCAGUGAGCCACUCAUAAUCCAAAGUGGGUUCCAUUGAAGUAGCAAGUCAGCGUUUUCUAAGUGAUAAUUUAUUUCAUUGAUAUUUUUAAGGCAAGCUCCACUAAUAACUUCUACUGCAUUGCCAUUAUUUAUGGGUUCAAUUUUGCCUCCUUCAGGCCAAAUAUUCAUUUCAGUCCACAUGAUGAGACCACAUCCAAAGUGCCUACCUCAGGCUGUAUCUUGGAGCUGGCUGCAGUGCAGAAGUGUUGAUACCAGCACAUGAAGAAAUGCAGUACAUUUCUAUAGUAAGCUCCUGGCAACACAGCAACCUCUUGACCAAUGCUGGUAAUGGACCUUUUCAUCUUUUUGUCAUUUCAUGCAUUCUAUCAGACAACCUAGUCAAUACACCGGGUAUAUGCCAAUGCAUUCAUAUCCAUAUGUAGCAAACUGCAUCAGGCCCCUCCAGAGUAAUACUAAUACCUAAACUCCCCCUUUGCGCCUUUGGUACCUUGCAUCGUGGCUUCACUUUGCAUCUAAUUGACUGCAUUCCACCAGUGACAGUGACGUGAAGUGCACCCUUAUGACCUGCUUCUGCUGUUCUCUUUACCAGAAUCUGAGGUGGUACCUUUGUAGAAUCAAGGAGAGAUUGAUUUCUCCCUCUUCCUACCCGAUUGUCUGGGUCUUCUGGAGCUAGGUGGUGGGUCAGACAUGAGGGUGCAGUGAUGAGGAGCCUCAGCCUGAAAUGCUGACUGUUUAUUCCCCUCCAUAGAGGCUGCCUGAUUUGCUGAUUUCCUCCAGCACUUUGUGUCUGUUGCUCAAGAUUUCCAGCAUCUGCAGAAUCUCAUAUGUUUAUGAGGGUGGAGUUAUGUGCUGCUCAGUGGGUUUCUUCUGAAAGUCUCCAAUGAUUAGGACUCAAAGUAGAUCAUUGCAAUGGCUAAUCUGAAAAAGUAUUAAUGAGAAUGUUUGGCAGCCAAGCAGAAUGAGAGAAGGUUGGAUAAUGAAUGGCUCUGAGAUAUUUGAAUGCAAGGAAGAUGCUGUGGGCAUCCUGAACUGCAGCAGGUUGCCUGAAUACUGACAAUGAUCAUCAGGAGAAAAAUCUUCUCUUCCAUUCAGUCUUGUGAUGCUCCAAACAUGAAAGACACUGUUCUUAUCUCGAGAAAUGCUUCUUCUUCUUGCAAUCUUAGCUGGUAUGUGGUGAAUGACUACACAUAGUCAGUUUUUUCGCCACUUCCUGUAUGCCCAGUAUUGUCUUCCUGGCACCCUGGUGCAGAGAAUAUUCCUUCAUUGCUCCUCCUGUCUAAGUGACGAUGUUCCAAGAAGGGCCAGAGUUGCGUCUACUUCCUGAGGAGACUGAGGUCCUUUGGAGCAUGCAGGCUUCUCCUUCACAUUAUACCAGUCUUGUCGCCAGUACCAAUCUUCUAUAUGGUGGUGUGCUGGGCCAACAGUAUCAACAUGGGUGAUGCCAACCAGCUCAAUGAACUGAUUAGAAAGGCUGGCUCUGUUAUAGGAGUCAAACUGGACACACUGGAGUCUGUGGCAGAACAAAGGACCCUACGGAAAAUCCUGGCAAUUCUGGACAAUGUUUCUCACCCUCUGCAUGCCACCUUGGCUGAACAGAGGAGCACUUUUAGUAAUAGACUAAGUCAAUUGCACUACUCCAAAGAGCGCUGUGUGAGGUCAUUCUUACCCUCGACCUUCAGGCUCUAUAGCCAGAGAGGUGAUGAAACCCCCCUACCUCCGUUAGAUGGUGGUAACUUAUUUUUUAUUCUUUCUACGUCUCUUCUAAUAUUUUUAUGUGUGUAAUGUAAUAUUUGUAAUGCUACUGUGACACUGCAACUUCCCUUGGGAUCAAUAAAGUAUCUAUUUAUCUAUAUAGUGAGGACCAAAAUCUCCAGAGAGAUUUGUUUUCUUGGAACAAAUCUUCAUUACACUGAAAAGGCAUUUCUGUUGUCGGGCCCUCAGUAGCAGUUUUACAGAAUAGUCACCAGAGCUGAUCAGAUUACUAUUGCUAGCUCUGAAUGCCCCAACCCUAUCCUGCAAGUAAGCAACAAAGAGUAGAAAGACAGCAAAAAAAACACAAAUUAUGAAAGCUGUGCUUUCUGAAUGAGUUUCCAAAUGUGUGCAAGUUUCAGACAAGAUAUAAUUAGACAGAUGUUUCAUUAUUAGCCUUUUCCUGUCAAACCAGAACGCUGCUGCCCUCAAUGUACAGCCCAUAAACCCUAAUGAGCUCCCACCUCAUACUAUCCCCAUCAUCAAAGACGUCUUCAAAAAGCAAUGCCUCAAAAAGGUGGCACUCGACAUUAAAGACCCCACCACCUAGGACAUGGCCUUUCCUCAUUACUACUAUCAGAGAGGCAGUGCUGGAGACUGAAUGGCACACACACAAUAUUUUUAGACCAGCUUCGUCCCCUCUGCCAUCAAACUACUGAAUGGAUAAUGAGCCCACGAAUGUUAUCUCACUUUGUUCUCCAUUUGCAUUACAUUUUAAAGUUUACUUUAUCUUGUAAUUUAUAGUGUUUUUACAUAAUUUAUGAUAGUGCUGUAGCAAAACAGCACAUUUCGUAACAUUUAUCAGUGAUAAUAAUUCUGAUUCUGAUAAAAUAAAAUCCAAAUAAAACUUCUUUUCUGUUGGAUCAGCCUGUUUUUCACCACCUGUAGAUGAAAUCUCAUUGCUAAUCAGCAAUCUAUCAGUAGUGCAUGCUUUUCUUCCCAAUUCUGUCUACCUCCAGUGAGAUGUAAGUGAGGUGAAUGGGUCCUAGGUACCUCUAAUGGAACUGGCUGAUCGGUUCCUAAUAAGUUUCAGGGUAACACUUCAAGUGAUGGCAUAUAUCCACUGAUGAAGAGAUUUUGUGUUCAAUAACUGCUACAGUUAUUGGAAUGAAGAGGUAUAAAAUAUUGGACUACUCUCUAACCAGCAACAACUGUCCCAAAUCUGUCUUUCUAAUUCACCCUUCUCCUAAAAAUCUGCAUGUGAAAACUUUUAGGAGGAAAUAAAAUAAUCACAGUUAAUCCAAAGGUCUGAAUUGGUGAAUCCAUAGCACAAGUCAAAAUUCUUGUGAGAGAUGCUAAAGUGUAUACCGUAGUCCACAAUAAAUGGAGAAGUGUUGCACUAUCCUCAGUUGCCUACAGUUAAUCCUGACAGAAGCAGACUAUAAUGUACCUCCUUUAAGAAGCCAAAACUGUAUAAGGUGUGUGGCACAGUUUGAAAUUGUCCCUUAUAAUUCCAUUUAAUAAAUAGAUGAGGUUCAAAUUCCAUGGACAAGUGUUGACAAAGCCCUUAAUCUUAGCUUCAUCUUUCUCACGAUCGUAUCCGCAUGUCUUUAACUUCUCGCGUGCUCAGCACUUUAUCAAACAUUACCUCUGCCAGCCUCUCGAUCCUACCACUCCCCCACUUGAAGUGGGCAUAUCAAUGCUGAUGCAUUCCAUUAAGUUUCCUUUAAUUACGUAGUUAUGUAUUACAUAAUUACAUAGUUAUGUGUGUUCAGCGAAAUGAUCUUUUAUUUAUUAUCCAUGUACUCGUCAUGUUGAACAUUUUGUUCCACUUGCCAGAAGUUUAAAAUCAUAUGGAUUGUAAAAUAAAGAACUACAUGGCAAAGCAACAUUGGUUGUUGAAACUUAAGUUUUGUUGUAGCCUUUACCUAAGAGGUCAAUUGUUUGUUGCAUCUAUGUACAACACAGAAGAACUCCAACAUGUUGUUUAACUAUUUGUAGAUUUUAAUUGCAUUACCAGUUGCAGAUUAAAGGAAUACU